GCAAGAUAAAAAAGAUAAAUCAAGAGCACCAAUUACGGCCAAGCUAGUUGCAAAUAUGUUGACAGUUGCAGGGGCUGAUCAUGUUAUUACAAUAGACUUGCAUGCGAGUCAAAUUCAAGGAUUUUUUAAUGUGCCUGUGGAUAAUCUGUAUUGCGAACCCUCAAUGUUAAAAUAUAUCAAGACUUCAAUUGAUGAUUGGAAAAAUUCUAUUAUUGUUUCACCAGAUGCCGGCGGGGCAAAAAGAGCGACAUCGAUUGCUGAUCGAUUAAAUCUCGAUUUUGCUCUGAUCCAUAAAGAACGUAAGAAGGCCAAUGAAGUUUCAAACAUGGUACUAGUUGGAGAUGUUAGUGGAAAAGUAGUUAUUCUUGUUGAUGACAUGGCCGACACAUGUGGAACAUUGGCCCUGGCAGCUAAGACACUUAAGGAAAAAGGUGCUGUGAAGGUAUAUGCAAUAGUUGCCCAUGGAAUCCUUUCCGGAAAAGCCAUUGAUGUGAUAAAUAAUUCAUGUUUGGAAAGAGUGGUGGUGACCAAUACCAUACCGCAUGAAGAUAAAAAGAGGAUUUGUCCGAAAAUUGAUACUAUUGACAUUUCAUCAACCUUGGCUGAAGGUUAG